AUGGAAGAAUCAAACGUUUUAAAUGCUGUCAAGACCAACUUACCUCCUUGUGCUUUACGUAUUGUCCAUGACAAUUUCAUUUUAAUUGGAACUUAUAAUUUAGAUAAACCAACAGGUAAUAGAGAUGGAUCAUUGGAUAUCUUCGAUAUAAAUUUAAAUUUAAUUCAUUCUUAUCAUACGUAUGGUGCUAUUUUAGAUUUAAAAGUCUCACCAUUUGAUAGAAACUUAAUUGUAACAGGCCAUUCAACAGGUAAUUUAAUUUUAUGGAAAUUAGAUUUUAUAGAAGAAACUGAUGAUUUAAUAGCAAAGGAGAUUAAAUCAAUUCAAGUUUUUGAUAAAGAUACUUUAAUCACUUCAUUACAUUUUUCACCUUUAGAUCCUACUCUAUUAUUAAUAACGUCUACUUUAGGCGAUUCUGCUACAAUCAAUCUUGAAACUGGUAAUUUAGAAAAUUUCAAUGUAAAAAUAAUACAAGAUUUUUAUGAAAAAUUAGAUACAAAUAAGCCUAUAGAGGUUCAAGGAUCUUCUCAAGUAGUCGUUGUUUAUAGAGACAAAAUUGAAUCAUUCGAUCGUUCUCAUGAUUUAGAAUGCUGGACUGGUGAAUUUGGUUAUUUACAACCUUUACAAAAUGUGAUAUUUACUGGUGGUGAUGAUUCUCGUAUAAUAGCACAUGAUUUACGUUCCAAAGAAACUAUUUGGUCUAAUAAUAAGAUUCACCAGGCUGGUGUGGUGGCAAUUAAAUGUUCCAAUGAUAAUUUUAGAAAUAAUAAACCAACAUCUAUUCUAACAGGUUCAUAUGAUGAUCAUAUUAGAUCACUUGAUUUAAGAAUGAUGGGUGAGAUGAGUAUUUUCCCAGGUGAUAAUAUUUCUGCAAUGAAAGUGUGGGAAACUAAUUUAGGUGGUGGUGUUUGGAGAUUCAGUGAGUGUCCAGAACCUUUAAAGAGUUCAUUGAAAGAAGGAGAAGACAAAUUAAUGGUUUGUUGUAUGUACAAUGGUGCUAAGAUUGUCUCAUUAUCAGAUAAAUUUAUAGAUGAAACAGGAGAAUAUUUCCAAGAAGUAGGUUAUUUGAAAACAGGCCAUGAAUCGAUGUGUUACGGCGGUGAUUGGUCUUCAGAAUUUAUUGCAACUUGCUCAUUUUACGAUAACUCUUUACAACUUUGGAAAGAAUAG